AUGGCUAAAUGUGGCGCUGGUUGGCAAUUGACACUAUCCUGGGUAACUGCGGCUGACGGAUACCUCCCGGAAGGGGCACUUGGUAUCGGUCAAGAUGUGUAUGUGGCAAGAGCGAUUCACGAAAACGAGUUCGUCCCAGGGAAAUUCGUCCCAGCUACCAAGCACACGUUUAUCCCGUACGGUGGUGGUGAACAUCCACACUCAGUUUAUCAAGUGUUGUGCGUGACCGGGAUUCAAUGUGGUAAAUGUUACAAAUGGGUGCCCGACGAAGGUGGUCACGUACCGAAGGAUUCUGUUGUGGCCUCAAUAGCCGGCGACGGACAGCCCGUGUACAUUGCCAGGGCUGAAAUGAACGGUCAGAAAGUGGUCGGAAAGGUCCACACCGGACAUAAAAAUGCGUAUUUUCCGAGUGGAGGCAAAGAAGUGCCAUUGGACCAUUAUGAAGUACUUGUGUGGUUGAAAAAGGGGUGA